UGAAAUCUCUCAAUGAUUCCGAAUGUGCGCUGAUAAAUGAAGGGUGGAAAAUGUCGGUCACCUGCAUAUUACUACUUCUCCGUGUUUCCAUGGCGACGGCAGAGGAUUUAGCGCUGCAGUCAUUCUGUCCAAAUAACCGUCAUGCACUUGGCGCACACAUCACAAAGGAAGAUGUAGCGCUCCAAGGUCACGUGAGGAAGAAAGUGGACGCGCCGAGCCUGCUGUCGUGUGACCAGCAGUGCUUGAAGCAGGACUGGUGCGUGUCCGUUAACUUUAAGCUGACAGAGUCCAAGCGAAGAAGAUGUGAACUGAAUGACUAUGGCGCAAAAAGUCCGAAUAUCCAACCAGGAAUUGAUGGGUUUGUGGAGAAGAAAGGAUGGAUAUUCCAACAAAUUAGAGACAUCGAGUCUCCAAAUCAAAUCCGGGUUUGUGAAGACAACCUUUUCCCGUGCCAUAAUGGAGGGACAUGCCACAGAGAAUGCGUGACGUUUGAGGCGCGCUGUACCUGCCGGGUCGGUUUCACGGGCAAACAUUGUCAAGUGAACAUCAACGAAUUGCCAGACUCUCAAGUUGGCGAGGCCUAACGAAACCGACGGCCAUUACAUCAUCAAACCGGCCUAUGAAGGCGUAGCAUUCAAGGCUUACUGCGACAUGACAAGCGAAGGGGGAGGGUGGACCAUGUGCUACGCUAGCGACGGCCAGGUGGACCCAAGAACGGAAGUCACUUACAAUGAAAGCCUUAGGUUCCCCAAUAAUGGAUAUCGCACUGACUGCAAUAACAUCACGUUCAACGAAGUUUUAUUCACAAAUCUGUCCACGAACCCACCGAAACACGCCUAUUUUAGACAAACUGAGGGUAAAGGGAAGAUGUUCGCGGACUGCUAUGGACAUUCAUCGAAAGUGAACGAAUUGUGGAAAAAGAUCAGCCCAGCGUCCUCCCUAGAGUACGAGCUCCUGCUAUGCAACGAGACGUUCAUCACUGGGGUCAUGAUCAGUAAAUUCCACACCUCUUAUAAAGAAUGCGGUAACUGGAAAGGGGAUACAAGCAAUAACUACUAUCGCCAUGCAUGUCCCACAGAAUCUGGGGUAGCAUUUGGGGAAAAUGGGCACAGUGAUGUUGAUCCAAAGCUUGUGGCAGUAGGGGUUAGGAAUGCGCCGUAAGACGCGGCUGGCGUGGCCUUGAUAUAACUGACUUCAACAGUUGCCGCUUGUUAUCAACUCUAUCCAGAAGACCGCCUUACUAUAUAGGGCGCUCCUGAAGAAUACCUUGCUAUAACAAGCGUUACUGAAGGACAACCUUAGCAGAAGUGCAUGUUAUAUCAAGAUGUUCUUCGGGAGUGCCCGUUAUAUCAAGGUGUUCUUCUGGAGUGCCCGUUAUAUCAAGGUGCUCUUGGGUAGCUGGCACUGUCAGGGACUUUGCAAUGGGUCACGUGGGUGUACUUGGCGGUUACCCUGGUAACAACUACAGUGAAAAGGCACUCCUUCUAGAUGAUCAUUUGACCGUCAAUUUUCAUUUACCACUUAUAUUCCUAGGUGCGACAAGUUUGGGUGUAAAUAGGUAGCAGGCUGGGUCCCAAAUAUUGGGUGAGAAGGAAUUUUAGGUGAAGUUUUACAGGAAGACUGACUUUGUUCAGUGUAUCCAAAUGAUAUUACUACAAUCUUUUUCACCGACCUCUUGAAACCAGUCUACACGAAUUGACGAGUUAUCAUCAAAUGUGCAUGAAUAUAAGACACACGGAAAUUAGUUUACUUAUAGCCAUGGAUUAAAAACUAGAAAUGCUUUAUUGUAAUAAAUAGGAAUAAAUUUAUGGUUGCAGGGAA